GACAGAGAGAGAGGGGGCUGGUGGACCGUGAGGACCGCGCGCGCAGAGCUCCUCUCCUCGGCUCGUGCCGACUCCUCUCGCCGCCUCUCUUUGAUCUUUUUCGGCCACUUUGUGCGCAGAAGCCCGGGAGCCUCCGCGGAGUGCGCGCGCCCGCAGUCAGGUGUGCACGGCGCAGUUACCGGAGCGGUCUAUCGUCACGGGCUGUGACAUCAGAGCCGCGCGUGGGCGGCGGGCUGCCGUUACCGGAGGAGUUACUGAGGAGUUACCGGAGUGUAGGCGCUCGCGGGGCCGGGAUGGUACUCGUGCAACAAGCGGCAGGCUCGCGCGGCGCGGAUGCCGUGGCUCCUCGCGCGGGAUCCCAGCUGUGCCGGUGAGCGGGUGCUCUCUCUGCGGGGCGCGGGCCGGCCACGAGCCGCCGGAUUUACAGACCUGUCCCGAGAACAGCCUCCUCGCACCUCCUCGCGCUCCUGCGUUUUCCCGCCGCGUGACCGCACGGACCCCGGCGCCGGCAUGGGCGGGCGCUCCGGCCUGCCUCUCCGCGUGCUGUGGAUGCUCCACGCGUUCCUGGACCUCGCGGGCUCCCAGGAGAUUUACGCGCCGCACUCCAUCCGCGUGGAGGGCGACGUGACGCUGGGGGGGCUUUUCCCGGUCCACGCCAGGGGGGUCCCGGGGACGCCGUGCGGGGACAUCAAGAAGGAGAACGGCAUCCACCGGCUGGAGGCCAUGAUGUACGCGCUGGACCAGAUCAACGGCGACGACGAGCUGCUGCCCAACGUCACGCUGGGCGCGCGGAUCCUGGACACCUGCUCGCGGGACACGUACGCACUGGAGCAGUCGCUGACGUUCGUGCAGGCGCUCAUCCAGAAGGACACGUCGGACGUGAGGUGCACCAACGGGGAGCCCCCGGUGUUCGUGAAGCCCGAGAAGGUGGUGGGGGUCAUCGGGGCCUCGGCCAGCUCCGUGUCCAUCAUGGUGGCCAACAUCCUGCGCCUGUUCCAGAUCCCUCAGAUCAGCUACGCCUCCACGGCGCCGGAGCUGAGCGACGACCGGCGGUACGACUUCUUCUCUCGGGUGGUCCCUCCGGACAGCUUCCAAGCUCAGGCCAUGGUGGACAUCGUCAAGACCAUGGGCUGGAACUACGUCUCCACGGUGGCAUCGGAGGGCAGUUACGGCGAGAAGGGCGUGGACGCCUUCAUGCAGCUCUCCAGAGAGGCAGGUGGAAUCUGUAUCGCUCAGUCCCUGAAGAUCCCUCACGACCACAAAUCCUCCGACUUUGAUAAAAUCAUCCGCCAGCUGCUGGACACUCGGUACGCCAGGGCGGUCAUCCUGUUCGCCUCCGAUGAAGACAUCAGGGGCAUCCUGAACGCCAGUAAGCGAGCGGACCAAGUGGGUCAUUUCCUGUGGAUCGGCUCCGACAGCUGGGGCGCCAAAAACAGUCCCAUCCAGCACCUGGAGGACGCCGCGGUGGGAGCCAUCACCAUCCUGCCGAAGAGGGCCACCAUCAGCGGGUUCGAUGCCUACUUCACUUCGCGGACUCUGGAGAACAACAGGAGGAACGUGUGGUUUGCCGAGUACUGGGAGGAGAACUUCAACUGCAAACUGAUGAGCUCCUCCAAGAAGGACGAGAGCAGCAGGAAGUGCACAGGUCAGGAGCGCAUCGGCAUCGACUCAAAGUACGAGCAGGAGGGGAAGGUGCAGUUCGUGAUCGACGCCGUGUACGCCAUGGCCCACGCUCUCCACAACAUGCAGCGCGACAUGUGUCCCGAGAACUCCGGCAUCUGCCCCGAGAUGGAGAUCGCCGGGGGCAAGAAACUGCUCAAGUACAUCCGCAGCGUCAGCUUCAACGGAAGUGCCGGUACGUCGGUGACGUUCAACCGUAACGGCGACGCUCCCGGGCGCUACGACCUGUUCCAGUAUCAGUGGAACAACGUGACCGGGCCGGGCUACCGCAUGAUUGGACAGUGGACGGAGACGCUGCAGCUCCAUAAGGAGGACAUGCAGUGGCCUCGAGGAGAGCAGGACAUUCCCACCUCCGUGUGCAGCCUUCCCUGUAAAACUGGCGAGAGGAAGAAGGUGGUGAAAGGCAUGCCCUGCUGCUGGCACUGCGAGCCCUGCGACGGAUACCAGUUCCAGCCCGACGAGUUCACCUGCAAGCUGUGCUCCUACAACAUGAGGCCCAGCGCCAACCGCACGUUCUGCCAGCCCAUCCCCAUCAUAAAGCUGGAGUGGCACUCGCCCUGGGCGGUGAUUCCGGUUUUCCUGGCGAUGCUGGGCAUCAUCGCGACAAUCUUCGUCAUGGCUACGUUCAUACGGUACAACGACACGCCGAUCGUCCGGGCAUCUGGCAGGGAGCUGAGUUACGUCCUCCUGACUGGGAUAUUUCUGUGCUACAUCAUCACGUUCCUCAUGAUCGCCAAGCCAGAUGUCGGCGUGUGCUCGUUCAGAAGGAUUUUCCUCGGUCUGGGGAUGUGCAUCAGCUACGCCGCCCUCCUCACCAAAACCAACCGCAUCUACCGAAUCUUCGAGCAGGGCAAGAAGUCUGUGACGCCGCCGAGGCUGAUCAGUCCCACCUCGCAGCUCGCUAUCACCUCCAGCCUCAUCUCGGUCCAGCUGUUAGGGGUGUUAAUCUGGUUCGGGGUGGACCCGCCCAACACCAUCAUAGACUAUGACGAGCAGAAGACCUUCAACCCCGAUCUGGCUCGAGGGGUGUUGAAAUGCGACAUCACGGAUCUCCAGAUUAUCUGUUCGUUGGGUUACAGCAUCUUACUGAUGGUGACGUGUACUGUUUACGCCAUAAAGACCCGCGGGGUCCCGGAGAAUUUUAACGAGGCCAAGCCCAUCGGCUUCACCAUGUACACCACCUGCAUCGUGUGGCUGGCCUUCAUCCCCAUCUUCUUUGGCACGGCGCAGUCGGCAGAAAAGCUGUACAUCCAGACCACCACGCUGACCAUCUCCAUGAACCUCAGCGCGUCCGUGGCCCUCGGCAUGCUCUACAUGCCCAAAGUCUACGUCAUCAUCUUCCACCCGGAGCUCAACGUGCAGAAGAGGAAACGAUCCUUCAAGGCCGUCGUCACGGCCGCCACCAUGUCGUCCCGGCUGUCGCACAAGGCCAGUGACCGGCCAAACGGAGAGGCCAAGACGGAGCUGUGUGAGAACGUCGACCCCAGCAGCUAAUUUCAUAAUUUAUCAGAGGUCCAGCAGCUAAGAAGAAGUACGUGAGCUACAACAACCUCGUGAUCUAACGGCGCUCCUCCGUCACUGCAGAGCGAGAUGUCUGAUCUCCUGCAAGAAGGACGAGCAACGGGAGAAAAGCGGCGACGUGCAGGACUUUUUCUUUCUCUUCUUUUGGUCUCAUGUGCUUCACUGCCCAUCGGAGACGUUCAGGUGCAAAGCGGAGCGUGGUGGGACGACCUCUGAACUCUGACCCCUCCGGGUCGAGAAAAGCUCCAGAAAUAAAAAUCUAAUUGUUUUGUCGUUGAAGUGAUGCCAGUGGUUGUGAGGCCGAACGCGGCGACGACUGGGCGGCGCCGACGGGCUCCGCGCCGCCGGUGAUGUCAAACGAAGCGCGAGCCCGCCCCCUCGUGUCUCUUUAUGUACUUCCAAACUGCAAGUUCUCACCUUUCUGUCCGCGUGUGUAGUUCUUUAUGGCUUAUAUGUCGGCCUCUUUCCGUUGGUUUGAUUUCUGUUGGUUUGUAAGACGGCUGCGGUUGCCAUGCCGACGACAGAUCUACUUUGCUUCUCGGUUUGGUUUUAUUGAAGCCAUAUUCUUCUUCGCUCGGAGAUUUGGAGGGCUUCGCUCGCGCUGCCACCUGGACUCAGAUUUUUAUCCUGCAAAUGUGAGAAAAAAAAGCCUCUGAAAACUUCAACAAACUGUUUUUACGACUCGCUCGGCUCAUUUCCUCCUGACUACAUAUCCCAGAAUCCACUGCGCUGCAUGCAGGAAACAGAGCUGCAGGGUUGAAGGCAGCAGAGAAUUUUACAGUGCCCUCUCUGGGACUGUCUGCUGGCCGCAGUUAGCCACUGUUUCCAAAUCCACGCUAGCCUCGGAGCGGUACAUGCACCGUCCUGACCCCAGUCCUCUUACUCCACCCGCAGGGGUGGAGUAAGAGGACUUAUUUUACUCUUUCUCACUCCAGUCAACACUUGGACCUGGCCUGUUCCCAUCAAUCAGGAACCAAAUAUGGUUUUAUUGUCCCCCUGAAAAGGUCGUUUCAAAAAUGCACAAUCAUUGAAAUCAACUUCUUUAAGAACGAAGCGGAUUAAUAAACAUAAUUCUGAUUAAAAAAUAAUCACAAAAUAUCAUACCUGAGCUGUGUGGUCACAGCACAUGCUUACGUCCGUGUUGUUGGCCCCUGCAGCUCCACCCUCAGCCUCUUUUACCAGCUACUACACGUUUACCCAUCACAGUUUAUUCAUUAAAAAAUAUUCGUGGUGGAAAUCAGAGUUUAAAAAAUGGAUGAAAUCCAAACACAGAGUGUAAACAGUAAAACAGAGUAAAAGAGAUUGAAGCUUUUUGGAGAGUCGUGCUCCAUUUUUAUUUGCUUAUAUGUCGACGAUCUGAUGCUCUGAAAGCAGAAGUAAAACUUCAGUCGUUAAAACUAACGACUGGGAGGGCCGAGACCUCCUUUACCCUCUGCUUCCUGUUUGGACCUCAGUCACGCCGGCCUGGAGAUGGUUACUCGCACGUCUGCAGACUCACCACCGAGCAGAUUAACGAGGUUUAUUCCAGGUGAGAAUCAGCUGAAUGAAGCCAAACUGUCAGUGUUCUGGAGAAACGGCGUUUUCAGAGGCUUUAACAAACACAGCAGCAGGUCUGAGGGAAAUCUGACCGUUCAGCCGGCCGUGACGCGGAGCCAAAACAGUUCUUAAGUGUUUUUAAAGCCGUUUGUGGUCACAUGAUGAAACAUUCCCUCCCCAACAUGCGUGUUCUUCUCCACACACUGUUUGUAGGUGUUUGAUGGCGGCGGUGGGGGUGAGGGGCGGACCCUUACCCCGAGGGAGCCUCCUUCGGUCCAGGCUGAAUCUCUGCUGAUUUCAUGGACUAAAAAAACCAACUAAAGGUGUCGAUGUCGAGGUUGUCAAUGCAUGCCUGAUUUGUUUGAUGUUGAACCAGAAAAAAAAGUUCUGUGCCACAGUCGAUCCCACCUGUCUGCUCCGAAUCGUCCGUUCUUCGGUUCCUCGGAAACGUUCUCGCUCGGCAGAAUGCGGCUUUGUUCGGUUUCUUAUUCCCUGCGGGAGAAACACACGGAGAAUAUAUAUUUAAAAAAGAAAAACACGUUUUAAAAAAUGGAAGCAUGUAUGUUUUCUACUGUUUGUACUUGGUAUAUUCAUGUUGCCCUUGCUGCUUAUGUGCCAAUGUUGUGGGAGAGAUUUACAUUUGGCCACUCAUGCAACUAUUCUGUGGUGUCGUCCAAGAAUGUAUCAACAUGAAAUAAAACAUUUGGUUAUUUUUUUUA